CAGAACGUCGGUAGUAUUGUAGGAGAAGGAGUGUUCCAGUUGCAAACGAGAGGAAAUAUAAGCAAACGAAAUUUUUUAGCUUCGACGAGCAUGGGUAACAAGAGUACAAGUUUAUAAAGAUUUCAGCACUUCUUCAAAUCAACUAUCUGUGUAUUUUUUCGAUGAUUCGUUGUUUUUGCGUCAGUGCGAAUUUUAUUUUUUGAAACUCGAUUCGGUGCACACACACGCGAAGUUUCUCCAGAUGUCGUCCCCGAUUUUUUGUGUUUUCAACUCCUUCUACGAACUUCCCCCGUUUACUUCUAUCUUAGUUUUCUUGCAUUGAGGACGUUUCUACUGAAGUAAGGUAAGGGGUGUCUGUUGUUGCAAAAAAUCGACGAGAUGAUGAACCAAACAUCGGCUAAGGGAAACUGAGCUUAGUCAGAACGCUUCUCCAAGGGGUGCCAGCCAAGUCGCUGCACCGGCCACCACAACUAUGCAGGCACCUGGUGCGGGAUCCAUACUAUGGGCGGUCUAUCGGAAGAACCUUACGCUUGGGUGGUACCGAAAGCGCUUGCGGACAUUGCUGCUUUCCGUUUGCUUGUACUCCUACCUCUUUUUGUAGUUUCUCUUUCUCAAGGCUGAAGCCAUACAGUCUACUAGGUUUUCAGUAUGCGCAUCCCCCUGAUGAUGAUGGUGAUGAUGAACAUGAAUAUUACUUUAUUUUUUACUUUUCUCCUUCUCGUAACUAGUCGCUGUGUUACUUAGCGUUAAGCGCGAGCGGGUUGUUUAUGAUACUUCAUGCUCAUCUACAAAAUCAUAUUCAAAUAUUUUUUGUAUAUGUAUACCAGUUCGAUGUUUCCGAUCGUGCUGAUCUACCGAAUGACAAGUGCGGCAGUGAUGGAGGUUCUAGCUAUCAUUUUGCCGUUUUACCUCGUCUUCGCGAUGUUCUCGAUAGUUCAGUGCCUGGUCGUCGAUGUGGUGACCGAGAAGGAGACGAAGAUGAAAGAAAUCAUGCACAUCUACGGCGUGAGUGAUUUCGCUUACUGGUUCGGGUGGCUCAGCUGCUACUCCACUUACGCAGCUUUGUGCGUUUUGGUCAUGCUGGUUGUGCUCGGACAGUACACGAGCAUGUUUACAGCUUCGAACUACGUCCUUGUGACAGUCGCGUUUCUCGGACAAUACCUGACGCUAAUGACGCUGGCAGCUGUAGUUUCGGUCUUUUUCAAUCGUGCGAGGAGCGCUUCGAUUGCUGCCUCGGUCACGCUGCUGUUCUGCCAGGGAUUGUAUACGGCGAUCACCGUUAAUCAACGUGAUAUCGCCAAAUUUUUGGGUGGUGGCUUUUUCCUCCCUUUCGUGUUCAACUUCUUCACCUGUAUCUGCCUUCCCAACUUCGCCUUCUCGCAUCUGCUGACGCGUCUCUGCACACCACCGAUGCUGAAGACAAACAUGAAUGAAGCAGAAAAUGAAAAUCUUAUCUUACACACUCCACGAGGAAGAGCCCUAGCACUGACUUUUAUGGCGAAACGGAAAUUGGGAAGUCUUUUUCAAUACCCGGCAGGCCAAGUAGACGGAGCUCCAGACGAUGACAUAACAAGAACGCAAAUGCUAAAUGAAGUUCCUCGUUCGACUGGUCUCAUACGAAUGACAUCUCCACAGCAGCAUCAUCGCUAUCAUGGCACGCCGUUCGCUCAGUUUGGGCACGAACAUCAUGCGUCGUUUCGCAGACAUCCUAUGUUUGGCGGCAAGCACGACGGGACGGCGACGGAGCUUCUAAGUCUCGCUACCAGCGAACCUCGAGGCGUGCCAAUGCAGAUCACAUCAAACAGUUUCUGGUUUACACAAGAGGGCGAACCUCCUGGAACCUUGGCCUACUGCUGGCUUUUUCUUGCGAUCUUUCUAACAAUCAUCGUUUAUUUUCGCCUGGCAAUAGAAAUCGACCGGAGAUGGCAGGGUGAAUUUGGAGCUCGGAAAGAGAAUCCAGUCGCAGCGCUCUUUGGUCGCUGUCGAAGGUGUUUCUGUUUCGGAAGGGGUUCUGCCGCAUCGACUGACGACUUGUCAAGCGCAAGAGCAGUUCGCGCUACGGAACAGCAAAGAAAUAAUGUCAGUCCCCUAGUAAAUGAAGAACUCACGCCAUCCUCGCGAAACAGACAGCAGGACGAUACGCCAAUGUCCGGAAUGAGCUCGUCGGUUCCGACCACGCCAGCAGUUUUACGAUUGACGGGCCUACGAAAGGAAUUUGGAGCAUCGAAGGUUGCAGUAAAUGACAUAUCUUUCUCGGUGCAUGAGGGAGAGAUCUUCGCACUGUUGGGACACAACGGCGCAGGAAAAACCACUAUGGUGAACUUGCUUGUGGGCCUCACGGCGCCAACACGCGGGGAUGCGGAGGUUUGUGGUGCGAGCAUUAGCAGCGACCUCGCAGACGCGAGAAGAAAUUGUUCCAUUUGCCCACAGGAUAAUCCUGUUUGGCCAGAGUACUCUGCGAUGCAGCAUCUCCGUUUCUUUGCAAUAGCACGUGGGGAGCCGGAUGCAGACGCAGCGGUAAUCUACUAACUAAAUGUUAAUAUUCUCGAAAUUGAGUCACCAGACGGUGUUAGUUAUAGUUAAUAGUUAUCGUCGAGCCAAACCCAAAUCCCCUUGGCUGUAACCCGCAUGCUUAACAAGAACACGAGCCCUCUUACUUAAUGAAAUAGAUCUGAAUAGUUUUACCUCCGUGAAUGUGAAUCGUCUCUAUUACUCAGAUCGAACGAUAUGCUGCAGCGUUAGGCAUCAACGAGAAACUGCAGUCACGUUGCCGCGAGCUUUCAGGAGGACAGAAGCGACGCCUCUGGGUCGCGACUGCUCUCCUCGGAGCAACAAAAGUCUGCAUUUUAGACGAGCCAACAUCCGGCAUGGAUCCUGAAUCUCGACGAAAUCUCUGGAUUCUCCUCAAGCAACUUGCUUAUGUAGAGAAGCGAUCAAUCAUCUAUAGCACCCACUACCUAGAAGAAGCUGACUAUCUCGCGGAUCGCAAGAUCGUGAUAGCAAGUGGCACAGUUAAGGCACUUGGGACGUCGCGAGAACUCAAAAAGCGAUUCGGAUGCGGUUACUGGCUUAACUUAGAGUUGUGGCCACGGGGUAGUGCCUCCACUGCGCCGAGAAGUAGAGGGAACUCGAUGGACGAAACAAAGUUAGACGUGGAAGCUGCAAACAAUAAGAACAGGACUUCAUCACCUGACCAGCGACUGCAGGAGCUGCGGACUGCAAUCCAGGAAUUCAUCGAUCCAACAGGGUCCUCCGCAAAAAUUGCGAACAACAAUGGAGGCGCCCCAGUCACGAGCACGCCACCAGCUGCAGCACGACUGGUGUCGCGUGCUGCUCGAGCAAUGCUAGCGGACGGACUGCGCGACUCGGUACUGAUACCGUGGGCAAAUGUGGAUCGACUAGGCCCGCUGUUGGAUCAUCUAGAGUCGCAUGCCGAUGACUUCGGACUAAAAGAUUACGCAAUCGAAAUGACCAGUUUAGAGGAAGUCUUCAUGCGGCUUGGCGACGAGCAAGACAUGUCAUCCUCGAACACACUGAUUGCACACGGUUCCAACGUGGCUACGACAGGGGUCCCUGUCGCUUCUUCAACAACGCGACAGGAGCUACAGUCGCCGGUCGAACAGCAGGCAGUAGCUGACGCCCAGCAUGUUGCUGUGCAGGCUGACGGUCAGCAGAGGAAUUCUCCGAAGCGCAGUUUUCAGGUUUCGCGACAGGUUACUGCUGUCUGGCGCAUGCGUUUGCAGCUAUUCUGGAACAACAGACGGGGAACCUUCGGUCAAUUCAUCUACCCGCUGUUGAUUCAAAUCGCUUUUCUCUACUUCCGACUUGGCGUCGCAGAAGGCGCGCGCAACCCGCUGGCGCGCGUCAUGGUCCUGAUCUUCGCUUGCGGCCCGCUGUCGGCGCAGCUGCUGGUUGCUUUUGUCGGCCAGAUCGUCCAGGACCGAGAGCGUCGCGUAAAACAUCUGGUUUUUGCGCACGGUCUGAACCCUUUGACUUUUUGGGCGGGCACCUUCCUGUCGCACUAUCUGGUCCUACUGAUCGGCCUUCUAUGCGUGCCACUUUUCGUCCAACUGUCCAAACUAGAGCCUUUCGUCAGCGGUCAAGCGACAGCUGACGAACCGAUGAACACUUCUCUAUUACCGGUUUGGGGUUCAGAAUCCCUGGCGUCGAGAAAGAGCAGCAGUCCUUUCAUUUCCAACGUUUACCACAGUAUCAGUAGAGCGCCAAGCGACGAUUCAGCUCAGUCGCGAGUGGAGAUGGCGGAGUGGCCUCUAGAAGAACAAAAAUACGGCCAAGGCUUAGGCGAUAACUAUAUGCAGGGACCACCGACCCCGCAUGUAGACAUUCCUGAUGUUGAUAUUUUUGGGUUCUUCUCCAUUCCGGUGACCAUGUUCAUCUUGUAUCUUCUAGUGCUUGCAGGUACUGGAGCUAUGCUCCUCUGGAGCUACGUCCUUUCCUCGUUUUUCCAGAAACAGGAGACUGCGCUCAAAGUCGUUCCUGUCUUUCUCACGCUUUCGAACUUGGUACCUCUGAUUUUGAUUGCGGUGUUCCUGUUGCAAGGCAUAAUACCGGGACACGAGGACAAGACCCAAAUUGCGCACGCUUUGCACGUCGGCUGUUCGAUGCUGCUCCCUGUCUACGGCUUAAGCGGCACGCUGCUCCAUAUGGCAUGGUUUGCAACGAUUCAACAGCUGGUGCCCCCAAAGCACGUGAUGGACAACAUUUUUCCUCCAGAAAACAAACACAUGCAAGCUGAAGAUCUAUUGGGUACUAAAGCCUCAUCUUCACUCGUCGAUUCUCACAAUCUACUCAGUGACAUGUCUGCUGCAGCAUCGAAAGCCAGCAAAGGCGUGAGCGAGACUUCAGCUGAGAGUGAGAUGCUUCGCAAUUACAUCGCGCAAAUGCUGCAACAGCAGUCGCAAGACGGUGGAAAUGAUGGCACUCCAGAGUCGGACGCUGAGCAAGACGCCGCUGACGUGAACAAGGUUCUGGGAGAGUUUCUCAGUAAUUACGCAGGAGGAGCACCAGCACCAGUUUCAGAAUCGGAAAGGCAAAGGUCUUCCUCGAAAAAUACAAGUAGAGACCCGCAGCUUCAGGAUUUGCUUGCCAAUCCUGAAGUUUUGGGCCAGGGACUGACGGAUAACCCCAUGCUCGUGGCGGGAGCGCAAGAAACCGGAUAUAGUGACAGUGAGCACCUGAAGCGACUAGGCUUGGGGUAUUCUACAGGUCAAAAUCAACAAGAAGGACCACGACUAGGACAAAAAGACGUGGAGAGUUUGCUGGAACAUCUGCUGAAUGAUGGGGGCCGGGGAGCAGGAGAGGAUCGCGAAAGCAUUCCCCUUUCCUUUGUCGAACAAGGAGAAGACAGUAUCCCCAUGCUCCUGACUACUGGCGGAGCUCAAGCUUUCGCAAGUGGCGCACUCUGGGAUGAGGCUGGGUUGCCAAGGCGCAGAGCGACUGAAGGCCACCAAGGUAAGGAGCCGGUAGAAGUAACGGAGCGCAGUUUUCUGGAUGCGACACAAACCGGGACGUCACCAGCUGCUAGAGCUGCAAUGGAGCGACAUGAAAAAGACUUCUUCGUUGCCUCAAGUGCAGUUUCGGAUCGCCGACUCAGCCUGCGAAAGAAACUGCCAAUGGCGCGUAACAUAUGGCAUGCCUUACACCAGCAAAUUUCAUCGUCAUUCAAGCCACCAUCCGUGUCUGAUUGGUUGGAUCCGCAGAACAUGGUGAUAGUCGGAGUUUACGGCGCAGUAUUUCAGGUAUUCUUUUGGACGUUCGUACUCUAUUGCAUUGAGUAUCGCGACUACAGCCGAGGAAGAUCGGGAGCGUGCUGCGGUCGAAAUCGUGCCCAGAGCAAGGGUAGAGGCCAUUACGAGCCAGCCGCUGGCGCACCGAUGAACGCGGUGAGACCGAGCGAGGGUGGCAACAGUAAUGUCAGCCAACAGCUGAGAAGUGGAGCCGAAGCUGGUGCAGCACAACCACAAUCAGAGUCCAGAACGGAAGCACCUAACACCAGCGCGAUUUGUCCACGACAGCCUAAUAUUUCUCCCACAGGAUCUCCCAGUGACAAUUCAAAGGAUUCCGAUGUGGCAGCUGAAGAAGCGAAGUUUAGCGUUGAGGACGAUACUGGUGUCCGCAUCCACCGUUUACGACACCGCUUUCCACGUCGACGUGGUUCCAAUGGGGGUAUGCGACAGUUCUUGUCGAGGAGUAUUGGCGGAUCCGGUGGGGAUGCCCACGACCCGACGCGCUGGCUGUAUGCGGUCGACGGUGUGUCUUUGAACAUCCGCCGUGGUGAGUGCUUCGGCUUGCUCGGACCGAAUGGUGCCGGAAAGACGACGUGCUUGUCACUACUGACGGGCGAGCUGCGAUCGCCCACGGAGGGCACGGCCUUCGUCGCAAAAGACUGCUUGGCAGGGCCUUCUGAUGAAACUAAUCCAACAGUUGCCCCUGGCACAAAUGCGCUCAACGAUGUCAGAGGAGGCAAUGUUGCGCCUUUGCUACCCUCUUCAGCACAGGUGGAAGCAGCAGCGCCAGCAUCUUCUGUGCGAGACCUCGAAGUAGGGAACCCGCAGGCAAGCGACGAGGACGACGAGGUCGAACCCGCGAGUUCCGACGCCUACUUCGACAUUCGCAGUGACUUGAGUCAGAUCUACAGAACCAUGGGAAUGGUCCCUCAAUUUGACGCCUUGUGGGAGCAUUUGUCAGGCCGCCAGCAUGUGCGCUUCUAUGCUCGUCUUUGUGGAUCACUUCGCCAGGGGACCGAAGUUUGUCCUCCCGGCGGACAAGGCCCUUCAUCAGGCGCCACACAACGAGUAGACGAAGAGGCUGCUAUUGCUUUUGCCUUGACGCAUGUAGGACUGAAUUCCGUGGACGCCGACAAAUGUGUGACCACCUACAGUGGAGGCAUGAAGCGCAAGUUGUCGCUAGUGUUGACAUUGAUCACGAAUCCGACAGUUUUGUACUUGGACGAGCCUUCAACGGGUGUAGAUGCCAUGGCAAAGCGGAUGCUGUGGAACCGCAUUCACGCGCGUCCACGAGGACAGACUAUCAUUCUUACGACCCACGCGAUGGAAGAAGCCGACGCGCUGACAACACGGGUAGCAAUCAUGGUCAACGGUCGUUUUCGGUGUCUAGGUUCAACGCUGCACAUCAAGAACAAGUAUGGUUCCGGAUACCAUUUGGAACUUCUCUUGGACCUAAGCAGCGCGCUAGGGAGGCCAGCGCGAGACUUUGGAUUUGGCGGAGGGCAGGAAGAAGCAAGAGAUCAAAAGGUCGACCUACAAACUGUCGAGCCUCUCAUACUAACGUCUCUGCAGCAAUUUCUGUCCGCGGCUGGAGCAGAACAAGCGAACAAGAAAGCAACUUUAACAACGAGUGCGACGUUGCCACGCGUACUUGAGCGCCACGUCUUUUCCGAUACACGGCUCAAGAUCACUGUGGGAUUGGAGACUAAAAGCCGGCUUGGGCGUGUCUUUCGAUGGUGCACCGAAAAUCGACACCAGGUUCUCGAGGAUUACGCGCUCGGCCAACCGACGUUGGAACAGGUUUUCCUUUCAUUCGCGCGCAAACAACAAGCGCAAGAUGAACUCGACACGAGUGUGGAGUAGGCGACUAGGACUACAAUUGCGGCAGAGACAAGAAGAGGACCAGCGUCAGCUUUUCUCGGGAAGCACGAAGUGCAGAUGAAGAAAGAAACACCUCACGCAUAGAGAAUAGGAGACGGAUGAUAUCGCCGAUGGAAAAAAGACUCCAGUGAUUAGAAUUCAUGAAUUCGUGAAACAUAUUUGAAUUUGAGCAUGAAUGUUAACAAUGACAUGGCAUGGUGGUUCGCUUGGUGCCUCUGUUUGGGAAUAUAGUUGCUAUCCCCGGUGUUUUUUUAUUGACCACGGGACGCUUUCAUAUUAGUCGGAGGACAUGCUAGCUGAAGGUGAAGCUGACAAACGCAAAAAAAAGACACGCAGGUGUAUUGGUGACUCAUCUAGAAAGUAAUCCUUUGCAAAGUGUUUGCUUUCGACAGUGCCUUGUCUGAGUCUCCAAAGCACCAACGACUGGAUCUUCACGAUAAUGAAUCAGACUUUGAAUUUAAUUGAGCCUGAGGUCAGUACUAGAUUUUCCAAAUUGAUCCCACGAUCUAUUUUUUUCUUCGCUGUCAGAAAGCUGAAGCCCCAACAAAGAUCUUGAUUUUCCCGGUCUCGUUCUACUUGUUCUUCCGUUAAGAACUCGAGCACUCAUAGUUCAAUGCUGCAGAAGGCCUUUGUCUAUCGACAAAAUCAGUGAGGUACCAUUGUCAUAGGACGCAGAUCGAGAUCCGUAUUGAAUCAUCGUUCUGAUCAGAGGAGGAGAUGGAUCUGCUUCCAAUGAUUUGGUUGUGUUAAUAAUUCCUCCAACUGAUAGUGUGCGAGUAUGGGUGAGAGGAUCAUGGUACAACGAUCUGCUUCUAACAUGGAUCAGAAAACUAAGGACCCC